AUGGCAGACAUCCCAGAGACGCAGACCGUGCUCAUCCUCUACGCGGCGAAGCAGCCGUAUGAGACGGCCGAGGGGUACCAGGUGCCCGAGAUCCAAGACGAGCACGAGGUGCUGGUGAAGACGGAACACAUCGGCCUCAACCCGAUCGACUGGAAAGCGCCCGACUUCAACUUCGCCAUCCCUUCCCUGCCCUACAUCUCGGGCCGCGAGCUCGUCGGCCGCGUCGUCCGACGCCGGCCCUCCUCGCACAGCCGCCUUCGCGACGGCGACCGCGUCCUCGUCAUCUCAACUGACUACCGCGACCUCCGCAAGGCCGCCUACCAGCAGUAUGUCGUGACCGCCGACUUCAACGCCGCGCGCAUCCCCCCCUCCGUCUCGCCCCGCGCCGCCGCCACCCUCGGCGUCGCCUUCGUCGCCGCCGUUCUCUCCCUAGGCGUGUGCAUGGGUGUCGACUUCUCCAGCGUGCCCGGGGCGCCCGGGCCUGACCUGCUGACCCUCCUGCGCGGCGUUGACCCGGAGAGCCUGCCGCGCGACAUCCGUGACGAGUGCCUCGCCGGCAUCCGGGACCACGAGAGGGCCGUCGCCGGCGACUGGGUCGUCGUGUGGGGCGGCUCGUCCACGUCGGCGAACAUCGCCGUUCAGCUCGCACGGUUGGCCGGUCUGCGAGUCGUCACCGUCGUCGACAAGCUGCGCCACGGCCUGCGGUUGUCGAACCACACCGUCCUGCGGCCGGACCUGCUGGUCGACAGCCACGAUCCGUCGCGCGCCGUGGACAUUAUCCGGGCCAACGUUGGGAAGAACCUGCGCUUCGCGCUGGACACGAGCGGCAGGGAGUCGGCCGGCUGGCUCCUGCGCGCGCUGAGACCGGAGCAAGACGCCGCCGGGGCACCACCCAGCCCGCCCGAUACGCCCCGCAACACCAGCCCAACGCUGAAGCACCUCAUUGGGUUGACGGGACUGCCGAAAGAGCAGGCGCCCGACAGCGUGGCGUAUCACACGGUACCCAUCAAGGUGUUCCACGAGGUGCCGGCCGUGGGCGAGGUGCUCGUCACCUGGCUCGAGAAGCUGCUUGAGAGCGGCCUCAUCAGCCCUCCGGAGCUGCUCGGCGUGGAGCAAGGGUUCGACGGCAUCAACCGCGGCCUCGACCGCAUGAGGAGGGGGGAGAUCCGCGGCGGCAGAAUGGUCGUCAGCCUUGACCCGACGGGGGCGGAGGCGGAGGUGACGAGGGACGCGAGCGUGCCGCCUGCGCUGGUCGACUCGCCCAUGGCGGGCGGCGGGGUGGAGGAGCCCCAGCAGUCCGAGUCGUCGGCGGCGUCGAGUCCCGAGUUCACGUCCCAGAAGCUCGCAGACACGGGCUCGAGGAGGGGAAGCGCGACGUUGUGGCAGGGCGGACCGGCCGUAAGCUCCGUUCCUAGGAGUGUGCCCGACGGACAGCUCUCUGCGGAAGGGGAGGCCGCGCAAGGGUCGCAGAGGAGGGGCUCACUGUGGCAACCCAAACCGGAGGGCAUCGCUGUAGAGACCUCGCUCUCAUGA